AUGGCCACAACAGCCCGAUAUGAGCACGAUGCUGAUGGUGCCAAAUUUAUUCCGGCGACACAACGCCCUGAUGGUACUUGGAGAAAGCCUAGACGAAUCAAGGACGGUUAUGUUCCCCAAGAAGAGGUCCCCCUCUAUGAGAGUAAGGGCAAACAGUUUAAAGCCCGGCAGAACACUGGCCUCCCAGUAGGACUCACACCUGAAAUAGUAGCUCAAGCCCAGAAACCUAAGAAAAAUAAUGGAGGUGUUAUCCAACCCAUCCCAGGCAUGCUCAUUAAUGUUGAUAAAAAGAAGAAGAAAAAGAAGACAGGCGUGGAUGAAGCCGCAGAAAAACUUGCCAAAUGUGAAAUACAAGAACCUAAUUUCUCGAAUACAUCUAUAGCAGCUCACAGUUCCCCAACCACUGACCCCGGAAAGCGGUUAAAAAACUUAAGAAAAAAAUUAAGAGACAUUGAAACUCUUGAGGAAAAAAUUAAAAUUGGUGUCGUGAAAAAUCCAGACAAAGAUCAAAAAGAGAAGUUGUCCAAAAAGAAUGACAUCAUAAAAGAUAUAGAACUUUUAGAAAAUAGUAGUCAAUAA